GUCUUCUGAAGAGGAAAUAUCUUUGUGGCAAGACACAAAGAAGCAUAAAGCAUGUGGAGAAAAGAAGACCAACAAACAACAGGAAAAAAGUACACUGAGCAAGGUAACGAGGUUGCUUGUAAUAUUUAAUACAAAUUGAAUUUUAAGUCUAACUAAAACUACAUUAAAAGCAUAUUUAUUCCGAAAAGCUCUAUCAUGUUCUACUUUAAAUUUGUUCUCUGCAAUUGCUUCUAUUUAGUAUAAAUUGGUUUGGAGUCAAACUAUAGUUAACUACAUUAGAAACUUCGGGAAAGCACUACUAUAUUCUAUUUUCAAAUUGUUGUCCCUAUCCGCAACAAGGCCCGUCUCUAACGAUGUAAUUUUUAGGGUUCGUUAAAGUCUGAUGGGGAAACAUUUUUGCUCAAAGAGACAAAGAAACACGAGGCAUGUGGAGAAAAGUUUUGUAAGAGACGGGAGCAAGCCAGUGCACUGAGCAAAGUGGUGAGUUUGCUUUUAUUUAAUAUACUGGAACGCACUCCAUGUUCUAUUCUAUAGUAUAUUGUUGUUUCUACCAUAGACUUGUAGUGACCUGCACUAUAGCAGAGUAAUUAUGAAUCAGUCUUGUUAACUGCUGGAAUGAUAAUUUAUAUGGAUACGAUAAUGAACGUUUUUGUAUUUUUGUUUCUAUGUAUCGGUUGAUGGGAUAAUAGCCGUAUUAUUGCGUAUUCUGAAUACAACUACCAGCAUGCUUUUCGGACAUGUUAUUUCAUAAUGAAGAAAAUACCCGCAAAGUAUCAUGGUAGUUGUAUUCAGAAUACGUAAUAAGGGGAACCGGCUAUUGGCGAGUGUUACCAGAAAUAAGUGUGGAAAUCCAAAACAAAUCUUUGUGUUUGGUUGGCCCAAACCAAAACUAAAACUAUACACUGCAUUACUAACUAUUCUAACUAAACAUCUUCAGUCCGCAAUGUUUAGAUGUCUUUCUCCUUGAAGCCUUAGGAUAAAAAAGGGCCAUCCCAUAGAGGUUAUAGGAGAUUUUUACGCGUUAAAAUAAUUUCAUUAUUUGUUAAAGGUUUCGGCGUCUUCUGAAGGGGAAACCGAUUUUUCGGGAGAUGUAAAAAUAGAUGGGGCAUUGCAGACGUCCACUAAGAAGCCCAAAAAGUAUAGUACAGUGUGUAAGGAGGUAAUGGGAAGCUUUUGCAUACAACAUGAAACUAUAUAAUUGUUUUCAUUUAGCCAAUAUUUAUAGUCAUCAGUACAAGUUUGUAUAAGACUUGUUGGAAUUGGUAAAUGACGGUUAGAAAACAUACUUAAAGAUAAGGAACCAAAUGAGGAGGUAUUCUAGAGCAACAUUCAAAGUCAACCAUACAUUGUGUUGGACUGUUAUAACAAAACAUCUCAAGUUAACUACAUUAGAGACUUAUAUUUAUAUAGGAAAGCACUACCAUGUUCUAUUUUCAAAUUGUUGUCCCGAUCCGCUAAUAAGGUCAGUCUCUAACCAUGUAAAUUUUAGGGUUUGUUGUCGUCUGAUGGGGAACCAGUUUUGCCCAAAGCGACAAAGAAACAUGAGGCAUGUGGAGAAAAAUCUUGCAAGGGACCGCAGCAAGCCAGUGGACUGAGAAAAAUGGUGAGUUUGCUUUUAUUUAAUAUACUGGAACCUACCCCAUAUUCUAUUUUAUAUUGUUGUCCCUCUCAAACAAUGAGAGCCAAUUUCUAUAAGGAUGUAACUUUUAGGGUCCGUUGUCUUCUGAAGAGGGAAACUCGUUAUUCCAAGAGACAAAGACGCGGAGAGUAUCUGAAGAGAACAAUAAUGAGCCACAGAGGGAGAUUACACUGAGCAAGGUGAUGCUGCAUGUUGCUUAUUUUUAAACUAAAUUGGUUACUAGGGAAACUAAAACACCAUUGAAAAUUUAUUUACACUGGAAAGCACUAUACAAUGUUCCACUAUGUUAUUUUUAUAGCAUUCUUCGUUUGACGCUGAAAAGAAAACAUUCUUUAUGCAAAAGAUAAAGGCACAUGAAUCAUGUGGGGAGAAGAAAGCUAAGACAUUACAAAGGCAGAGUAAGGUAAUGAUUUAUUUUAAAAUUUGGUUCAAUUCAAUAGUUUUACUUGUAAGAAAACCGCUGCAGAGAGCUCAAAAAGAGAGAUCCGAAGCUGUAGUAUUAUGAUAGAUAUAUCAAAAUAAUACUUUUUGGAUAGAUUAAAUAAUGGAUAGAUUUAUUGUUUUAAACUGUUUUCCGUACACGUCUGUAAAGGCAUUCCUAAUUUGAGGAAAGUUAGAGUUGUUAUUGAAUUUCUCAUAUUCUGAUUAGUCAGAAUUGAGCGUCCCUGGCGUUACAGUUGUACUGCAAGUGCAUGGUCACUCAUGCAGUCAUCCCUAGCAGUGGCUAUUACAUGCACGUGCUAGAAAUUUCUAUGAUAGAUCUGCAGUGACCUGGACUAUAGCGAAGUAAUUAUUAUUCCAGAAAGAUCACCGGGCGUGCUCCAGGGCUCUGUCUUGGGACCGUCGUUAUUCAGUGUAUACUACAACUCGAUCGCGGACUGCUUCGUUCAUUCUGAAACUACAAAGUUAUACGCUGAUGAUUCUGAAGCGCACUGCUCCCACUUUUCCGUACAUGGUGCUGAAACAGCAAAAAACAAUGAUCUUCAAAACAUUGAACAGUGGUUGAAGGCGAAUAGAAUGAUUGCGAAUAUUAAAAAGACCAAAACAAUGUUAAUCGGUUCGCGCCCUGCUCUUAGAAAGGCUGAAGCUGAAAAUAUACAGAUACAUCUUUUUAACAACAAAAUAGAAGAAGUAACCACGUUCGAUUAUCUGGGUGUUCGAAUGACUAAUACCCUAUCAUGGAAACCUCAUGUUGAUCAGUUAUGCCAAAGAUCUUAUCCCAAAAUGAAAUUACUAAAUCGUGUUUCAAGCUUUUUACCUACAGCUGUUCUUCUUAAAAUUUACAAACAAACAAUCCUGCCUAUUAUCGACUAUGGUUCAAUCAUAUGGCAGGAUUGCGGGUCUGUUCUCUCUAAUCGAGUUGAAAAAAUCCAAAAUAAAGCUAUGAGAACAAUCUUGUGUGCUAAUAGAACAACCUGUACGCAAGAAAUGCGAAAUCGUCUUGACCUCUUAACUCUACACAGUAGACGACGAUUUCUAAGGAAUAUUCUAGUUUUUAAAAUUGUCAAUAAUAUGGACAUUCCUAAGUAUCUUAACAAUUAUCUGGUCUUAAGAAGCUCAUUAAGAGAAAAAUCCCUCCGUGAUCAAACUUUGAUAGAUAUACCUAGAGUAAACACCUCACUAGGGCAAACUAUGUUUAAAGUUGCUGCAGCACGUGAUUGGAACUUGCUACCGAAAUGUAUCAGAGAUAUUAAAGUUCUCGGCAGCUUUAAAAUCAAUGCUUUUAAACAUUUUUUUAGAAUUAGACAAUUCUACACAUAGGUGUAGUUUGUAAUUUUUACUGAUUAUUGCAAUAUUGUAUAUAAAUGUAUAUGUAAGUAUUCCAUAACUGUAAAUACUGUUCACCCGGAUAAGACCAGCUUUAAUUAGCUGAAUGGGUCUCACAGUUUAAAUAAAGAUUAUUAAGAUUAUUAUUAUUCCGUCUUGUUAACCUGCUGGAAUGAUGCUCUUGAUGGAUACAAUAAUGAACGUUUUUGUAUUUUUGUUUCUAUGCAUCGGGUGAAUGUUACCAUAAAUAAGCGUGGAAAUCCCGAACAAAUCUGUGUGUUUAGUGUGGUUGGCUUUGGUUGGCCCAAACUAAAACUAUAAACUGCAGUACUAACUAUUCUAACUACACAUCUUCAGUUCGCAAUGUUUAGAUGCUUUUCUCCAUGAAGCCUAAGGACCAAAAGGGCUAUCCCAUAGAGGUUAUAGGCGUUUUUCGGACUAAAAUAAUUUCAUUAUUUGUUAAAGGUUUCGGCGUCUUCUGAAGAGGAAACGGAUUUUUUGGGAGACGUGAAAAUAGAUGGGGCAUGUGGAGGACAGACCACUAAGAAGCCCAAAAAGGAUAGUAAACUAUGUAAGAAGGUAAUGGGAAGAUUUUGCAUAAAACGCGAAACUAUAGCUAUAAUUGGGGGGUUUGGUGGAAACACUAUACGUCUUACAUAUUGGGCCAAUAUUUGGGCUAAUAUUCAGACUUGAUAGCUGAUUACGUUGGAAUUGGUAGCUGAUUACGAUGCGCAUGACGUACGGUUAGAAAACAUAUUUAAAAAUAAGGAACCAAAUGAGGAGGAAUUCUAGAGGAACAUUCAAAGUCAACCAUAUACAUUGCAUUAGACUGUUAUCACAAAACAUCUCAAGUAUAAUAUUUUCAGGUAUAUAUAGAUCCUUUUCUAAACAAGAAUUGGCACAUUCGAUCAGAAUGCAACUUCUGCUUCUUCAACGCUUUCACAUGCCCAAGAUUCCCAUAUAUCAUGCAUGUAGCAAAUUUUCGAUCAAGAUUUAAUAAUUUAUUCAUUUAUACUUAGGUAAUGCACCACCUUAUUCCAAUUAAAUUGUAGACCAAAAAUUAUAUCCAGUUAUUAGCGAUGUUUUUAUUUUUUGAAUGGUCCUAAUUUAUAGCUUCCAGUGACAUCGCCACAAACCUCGUGUUCUGUAGCAAGACAGCAAGCAAACGACGGCAAUCCAGAACAAGAUAACGAGCUUAGCAAACUCAAAGCCGAAAAGGACCGAUUAAAGGUAAGCAAAAAGUUUCGGAAGAAUUUAUAUUUAACCAAAGAGUUAAGAAACUAGAUAUGAAGCACUUUCGAAGCCAAAACAAAAGCUGAAACAUGAAUCAAUUUGAGACUCUUACUGACACUGUUGCUAAUUUGGGAAGGCCAUCCACAUAUAGCUUCUAAUUUCUUGGGAUCUAAGUCAUACACAAUCUUUCGGGAUCCAAAUUAACAGACAGCAAAAACACCUUAAUUAAUUUACAUCAUUUUAUUCUUUCGCAUGUGGAACUCGUCAAAACAAAGGAAAAACACAAUCAAGAGUUGGAAGUAAUCACAAAGGGAAACAAGAAAUUGAUGAAAAAAAUCGAGAAGCUUGAGGCGAAAAUUCUUAAACUGGAAAACAUGAAGAGAAUGCUGUUUAUGCAAACUCAACACCAAUUAGAACAGUUGCAAGAAUAUGAGGCAAUGGACGCCAGAAGGCCUAACAUCAUUUUAGAGACGUUGGUAUGUUUAAGCACAGAAGAAACUUUUGCUAUAGUAUCCCCAUGUUUCACACACGAAUGUGUUUCUCGUUUCCCAAUAACAAACAUGUUCUUAAUUUAUUUUAUUUACAGUCACGCCAAUAGAAGCGUUCCGAAAAUUGUUGACCAGUUCAUUUCCUAACUUGAAAGAACACCUCUGAACAAUUCCUUAAAACUUUGAAAAUUUCUUUAAAAAGUUCCUAACUUCCUUUUUCGUUGACCAAUCAAAUUUUUUUUUUUAUUUUUGAGCAAUCUGAUUGGUCAAUGAAACAGGAAGUUAGGAACGUUUUAAGGAACUUAUCAAAUUGUUGAGGAAUUGUUCAGAGGAACUCCUCGAAGUUAGGAAAUGAACUGGUCAACAUUUUUCGGAAUGCUUCUAUUGGCACGACUGUAAUUUAAUUUAUACAGUACAUUUCAUAUCUUUGUCAUCCAAAAAAUACAAUCGUGAAAAGAAUUUCCCUUUCCAAUGGCAAAUUCCAAGUAUACAGACAACGUCUAAAGGGUGUUUUCCAUUUAAACCGUGUCGCAACGUAUCGUAGCAUUUGUUGUGUCAGAGUCACUAUAUUUCCAUUCUAUAGUAGUCAGGAAACAACACGAGUAGAAAACGGCCUUAAUUAAGUUAGGUUUAGGCUCCAAUGUCGCACUUAUCAUGUGCGCAUGAGGCCAACCGUUCCGUUUUUCCAUCCUGCCUAGAUUUUGACCACUGAAAUAACCGCCCCGAAUCUUUUUUAUCUCAAGUUUGAAAAGAGCUUGGAGCAAUUUGUCGUAGCUAUACAAAGUACAACCUGCUUGUUAUACGUUGAUAUAAUAUUUACCAAAUGUGCUGUCGUAAUUGUGUAAAACAUCAUGCAUAAGCGCAUUUAGAAAAUACUAAAACACGUAUCAUAUUUGCAAAACACAACAAGUGUAAUUAUUUUAUCACGCAAAUAUUCAAGGAACUUUUUCCUUUUAAUUUAACAGGAAAAUCCACAAUGGCCAGGCUUAUCUAACCAAGCAAAAGGAAUCAUCGACUAUUAUAAAGAGCUUGUUGCCAAUCUUUAUCGAAAAAUCGAUGUUUUGACAAGAGGCCAAGACAUGGCUGGGAGACAAGAAUUGUGAAUAAUGAAUAACAACGAUGGACCAUAACAAUUUCGGAUAGAAAGCUCAAAAUAGGCAGAACUUUAUUACAUAGCUUGAUUAGCUAAUCAAAAGACACAUAUUAAUCAAGAUAACUAAUUGCAUUACUUUAGACUGCAGUUUGCAUGCACCUAUUAUUCUUAGCGGAGGGUCCUGAAAGGGGGGGGGGUCCCAAUCCCAUGGCAUUUGCAGCAUUCUGCAGAGACACGCAUAAUCAAAAAACCCAGAAAUCCGGGCGCCAGAGUAUGCCUGUUCGCAGGUAGUGCUGCGAAUAAUAUAGUUAACAACAAAAAUCAUGACCAAAGACACCAAAAACGGAUCGGAGUCGACUCGCAUUACCUCAAUCCCAUUCCCAUUUUUGAGGACUUCAUUUCCCAUUCCCAGUGACCAAAUCCCAGUCCCAGCAACCCAAAUCCCAUUUUCCCAGUCUAAAAAUAGAUCAAUCACAGUUCCCAUUUUACCCCUUCAGGACCCUCUUAGCGCUUUCUGUUUAUCAAAAAAUUUUGCGAAUUGAUUUUAUUUUUGUUGCUCAUGAGGUCCAUUUGUAAAAUUAUUUAGCUUUUUUCUUGUCAAUCAAAGCACUAACUUUUACCUAUAAUGACCGCACUUUCUGACAUAUAUGUUAUAUGGAUACCCAGUUUAGACAUAUAGUUAUUCGGAGUUUCACAUGCAUGCAUGCAUCAUCAUGCACGGUCUCGAAUUUCCCUGAAAUCAAUCGACGGCAAUGGCGUUAUACGGCAAAAAAUUGCCGUCGUUGCCACAAUGAUCCACGGCAUUUUGUUCUCCCUCUACGGCAGCAAUUGCCGCGAUAAAAUUCGAGCCCUGAUGCAUGCACUAUUAACUUUUCUUUAAUUUAAGUAUUUCAGUAUAGAAGCUCUGUAUAAAAGAGCUUUAUGUAAACAAUAAAUUUUUUCCCUGUG